AUGGUUGACUCAGAGGAUAAUUCUGUAGACGGAGAACCUGCAAGGAUUGGCGCUAUAUCGAUAGGGAGUACUGACUUGGCCCCAGAGGUAUCAGAUAAUGAAAUACCCACGAAUAUAGAUGACCCACAGACUGGUGAUAUUUCUAAAGACAUUGAAGAAGAUGAUUCAAAUAAUAGAGAAAAUAAUGAUACUGAACAAACAGAAAAGACACCUGGAGACAACGUAGAAAAUGAGGAAGAACCAUCGAAUAAUAUAGACACCACCAUGCAAGACGGUGAUACAACUACUCGAGAUGCAAAUGCCAAUGUUCUGAGUAGUAAUAAACGCUCCAGAGAAAUGGUGGAUUCAAAUAUUAUUAUGGAUCCUUCAACAAUAUCUUUAAAGUCACAUAAAAGAAAAGUGGGUGGGAAGAUGAUUGAGAAAUUUUGGGAACCUUUGGGUUCGGAAUCAUACAAGGAUGUAGUGAAUAUCCUUGAUAUGUGUAUUAAUCAGGCAAUUGAAAGAUAUGCCCAUCCAAACAUCCCACGUACGAGUAAAGGUGGUAAGGGACGUGGUAAACGAAAUCCUUUAGAACCUAGCGAAAAGAUGCUUGAAGCCCAAUCCAUACUUUAUGACUCCUGGAUAUCAGAAACUAAUCUAGAAUCGUUUGCAUCCAGGAUGAAGGUAACCCCCUUACCUCCAACAAAUUUGAUGCAUCUUACCGGUCAAAAAAGAUCUAAACAUGAAUUUGAUGAAUUUAACUUUGAUCUGCUUUUAAGAAGAAAGACAUAUUUAGAAACUUAUUUGCUGGCAGAAUUGAAACAAUUACAUGAAUUGGAAAAUAAUUAUAAUAAUCUUGAAUUGGUAUAUAAGCUGGACUUGAAUUACUUGAAAGAAUUAAGGAAGACUUCAGAGGGGAAUUCCAAGAGAAUAAGAAGAGAAAUUGUAAGUAAACGAGAGAAACUUGAUUUGAAUUCGAAUGACGACAAUUCAGUAAAUGAUGAUAUUAGAAUUCAACCAAUGAAGAUAUCCACUUUUAAACCAGAUGAUGAUCCAGAUACGAGUUUAAUCUUAACAGCACUCCAAAAACAUAUUGGUAGUAUUACUAAAAAUACAAUAAAAAUUAGCGAAUUAAACGAGAAAUUGGAACAUCUUUAUAAUGAGUUAGAUCAAAGUUUUUGA